AUGUUUAUUGUCUACGUCCCGGUUUCCGCUGCCUCGGCGAUCUUCUUCAUGGGGAUGAUUGUGUUAAUUUAUCUUUUCCACAAGGAAAAAGUUCGAUAUCUCGAGGCCAAAAUUCAAGCAGCAGAGCAAAGGGGACGAGACAAGUGUGAACAUAACAGAAUGAAUAUCGAAUACGCGAAUGAUGAACUGGCACGACAAGACGAAAAGAUCGAACGGCAGACCAUCGAAUGGAUGCGGCUGACCGAAGAAAACGCCAAACUUCGCGCGGAAAAAAUGGUAGCUCAAGCCCAAUUACGGAGACUCAUGCGCAGAAUGGCGGCACAGAACGGUGGAUUUUGA